CCAACAAGAGAUGAACGACAGACAGGCUAGCACUUCGAACAUUAGAUAAACACACCCGACUAACAGAUUUACAUCAUGGUCUAACAGUUUGCGUCUGAUGUUAAUACGAGUUAACAACGUGUGCUCCAGAUUAAACAUUAGCCAAGAUGUAUGGUCGCUCCCCUCGAGUUACGUCUUUAACAGUGGGAUGUACCCCUACAAAACUGGGUCCAGGAUCAUACGAGGUCAACCAUUCCCAAACCAGUGCAUCGGAUGGCUAUGCACCAUUUCUAUCACUAACUAAGAGGCAGACAUUGUUCCACCACUCUGAUGAUGAGUUGACGACCCCAGGCCCAGCCCAGUACAACUCCUUGGUCAAGAGUCAUAUCGUUGGAGGACAGAGUCUCCAGAAUCGUUCCAGGCGCUUUGUGGAGUCGGAUCCAGCUGUGCCCGGCCCGGGAGCAUAUAAUCUUUCCCUAGCAGUUGGAUCUAAACAUCAGGUUACCAAACAGAGAGAGCAUAAGAAAUUGCAGGCAGUGCCUAAUCGCAUCAAGUUCAUUCAACAAGCUGACAUCCCUUCCAUCCCAUUUCCUGGACAGUCUUAUGGCUAUGAGGAGAACAAUCAGGGACUGCUCUGCAAACAGGCACCUCCAGACAGGGAUGAUACACUGGGACCUGCUUUCUAUAACCCACUGAAAGCAGAAAACACAUCCUCGCAGAAGUACAAAGGGAUCCAUUUUGGAAAUAUGACUGGGAAACGCAAGGAAAAUAAGGUUAUCGAAGGCCCUGGUCCUGGUCAAUAUGAUCCUGAUGUGCAUGAUGCCCCUUCCUAUGAGAACAUCAACUUGAGGAAGGAGAAGAAGAGUAGGGUGGAGUUGGCCAUCCCUCGUUAUCAUGAAAUUGUCACCCUUCAGGAAGAGAAGAAGGGUGUGCCAGGACCUGGUCAGUACCACAUCAAGAGUCAGUUUGAGAAGUCCGGAAGCUUCCACAGAGCCCCUUUAGGCUACAUCCCUCCCUUUCUCUCGCAGGCCCAGCGCUUUACCUCGGCGAAGGAGGUGGCGCCCCCUGUUGGUGCCUAUAAUGACCCGCGCUGUGCGUUGGAGCUGCUGAAGAAGACUACUAGCCGCAAGAGCAGCCCGUUUGGAUUGACGGCUGUGCGAUUUGUCUCAGAGAAAAAGAAACCAUCCACUCCAGGCCCAGGUGCUUAUAACAUAUUUGACUACGGGCUUGCUCAGGAAAGCAUUAAAAAGGCGUUCUUGGAAAGCACGAGGAGAGGAGCAUUUGGCUCGUCAGCGUGCCGCAAUCCCCUGUUCAUCAACAGAUCAGACGUUCAUGUUCCUGGGCCCGGACAGUACAAGGUGGAGAAGAAGUCUGAGGAGCCGUACAAGCGUAAACAGACUGCGGCGUUCAAGUCCGAAACAGAACGCCUGCCAACCCCGACGAUGACCAAAGACACCCCUCCGGCCAGCCUGUACAACGUCCGCGAGGCCUACGAGAAGACCUACGGCCACAGGCGCUACUCUGUGCCCCGGAACGAGGACGCCAAGAGGAGACAGGGCUCCUUCCUGAGUGCUACGCCCCGAACGUCCGCCUUCGUACGCCUCCGCGCCGACACUCCAGGACCGGGCCAUUACAGUCCAGAGAUCAAGUCCAGUGCCAAGCUGGCGUUGAUCGGCUCCCACGAGGACCGUUUCAAGAGCCACAAGGACACGACUCCUGGCCCAGGCACCUACCAGUUGAGCCCUGCGAUAGCGGACACGGUGCUCAAAGGCACAUUCAACGUGACCCUGCACAACCCGCUGGUGGUGCCCAGUCCAGCCUUGAGGGCCGUGGGCACCAUGCCAGAGAACCUCUCCAUCCACAGCACGUAGCGGCCGGCCAAAAGCUCACCAGGACCCCCGCGCGUGGGUGGUCAUUUCCUAACUCACCUCUAUCAUUUCUAAGCUCUCUAAGGCCUGAAGCGGGUCACUUUCCAUCCAUAAAAGUUAGUCUGGAUAGAUUAAUGAAUAAAUUCUACAAUUUAAGAAUUUG